GCCCUGAGGGAGUCUCAUUCCCCAUCAUGGAGAGUCAGAGAGUGCAGUCCUCAUACAGGAAGCGCUUCGGGCCACAGGCCUCAGGCUCCGCAGGCGUCCGGAUGGGGAGCCUUUCCUCCGGCCGCCUCUCCUGGCACGGGACCCCCCGCAGCAUCGCCCACUCCAGCCCCGUGUCCCGCGUCUCCCUGGGCUCGACCGGCGCCCUCCUCCUGGGGAGCCCCGUGGACCGGCUGGACUUCUCGGCCGACACCCUGAUGAAGGCCCAGUUCAAGGAGACGCGCACCAACGAGAAGGUGGAGAUGAUGGGCCUGAACGACCGCUUCGCCAGCUACAUCGAGAAGGUGCGCCUGCUGGAGCAGCAGAACAAGGUGCUGGUCGCCGAGCUGAACCAGCUGAAGGGGAGGGAGCCCAGCCGCCUGGGAGACAUCUACCAGGAGGAGCUGAGGGAGCUGCGGCGGCAGGUGGACGGCCUCACGGCCGGAAAAGCCCGGCUGGAGAUAGAGAAGGACAACCUGGCUGCAGACCUCAGCACCCUCAGGCAAAGGUUGCAGGAGGAGAUCGGUCUGCGACAGGAUGCUGAGAACAGCCUGAACAGCUUCCGGCAGGAUGUUGAUGAAGCAUCCUUAAAUCGCGUCCAGUUGGAGAGGAAGAUUGACGCCUUGCAGGACGAGAUAAACUUCCUGAAGAAGAUUCACGAGGAGGAGCUUCGUGAGCUGCAGGACCAGAUCAUGGCCCAGCAGGUGCACGUGGAUGUGGACGUGUCCAAACCGGACCUCACCGCCGCUCUGAGGGACAUCAGGGUCCAGUAUGAGACCAUGGCCUCCUCAAACAUGCAGGAGACCGAGGAGUGGUACCGAUCCAAGUUUGCCGACCUGACGGAUGCAGCCAAUAGACACGCAGAAGCCCUUCGUCAGGCGAAGCAGGAGGCCAACGAAUACCGGCGCCAGAUCCAAGCGGUGACCUGUGACCUGGAGGCCCUCCGCGGCACAAACGAGUCCCUGGAACGCCAGCUCCGGGAGAUGGAGGACCGCUUCGCCAUGGAUACGGCCGGUUACCAGGAUACGGUGAGCCGCCUCGAGGAGGAGAUCCAGGCGCUGAAGGAGGAGAUGGCGAGGCACCUGCAGGAGUACCAGGACCUCCUGAACGUCAAGCUGGCCCUGGACAUAGAGAUCGCUACCUACAGGAAGCUGCUGGAGGGGGAGGAGAGCAGAAUCACUAUUCCAGUUCAGAGCUUUUCCAAUCUGCAGUUUAGAGAAACAAACCUGGACACCAAAACCCCAGAGGCUCACGUGAAGAGGAGCAUCCUGGUUCGAACGGUGGAGACCAGAGAUGGAGAGAUCAUUAAGGAAUCAACCACUGAGCACAAAGAUCUUCCUUAAGGACUGAUCAGCGGAGAACUCUCCCUCGUGUCAGUCAUGAUGGAGGAGUUCAUGAAAUAUUUUUUAAUCCAAACCCCAAAGCCCCCAAUUAGAGUCGUCGUCCUCGUUCAUUUUAGUUUCAUCCCCUCCGUUACGACUCCUCAUUGAUCGAUUGAGAGGCCAGAUGUUUUAGCGCCGUUUCAGAUUAGCUGCCAUAGGAAAAGGCCUUGAUAUGUAGCAGUCGUGUGAAGCUAACAUGUAGCGCAGUGGAGGUCGAACGUGUGGUGUGUAUCGUGUAUGUGACGUGUGUCGGGACAAGUGCGCUGGCGGGUCGUCGGUGAUGGAGCAGGAUGCAGGCAGGGAAGGACAGAUGUGUACGGGUUAGAGGAGCGUGAGGGGGGGGGGGGGUCGGACACGUUUAGAGCGGAGGCCUAUUAGAGGAGGGGCUUCAACCUCCCACCCAUCAUUUCUCCUCCAACGCAGCUGCACGAGACGUCUUCCUUUCUGGUCGACGGGGACGAAGUGGGUGUGGAGGGGAGCGGCCUCAGCUCAGGGGGAACCCAUUUACCUCUAUCACAUUCACCACCUCACGGGAUGAAUCCCACAACCCCCGCGUGACCAGUAGCGCUUUUUCGUAGCGACGGGGACGAUAAAAAAGAAGGGAAGGAGGCUCUGAGUAGCGGACGCUCCGGCUCAAACGCUGUAAUCCAAGCCCGUCGCUUUGGUGGAAGCCCCGCUGGCAGAAGUCUGCCUCUAAUGAGAGUGGAGCUGCGCCUAAGCUGGCGGUCUCUGCGUUCAUCACCAAGGACACGCCGUGAUUCAUGUUCCCAUUUUACUCCCACCCAUCUGCCCGUCCACUCAACCCCGUCCCCUGCUUCUCCCAGUAACACCCAACCCUCCCUUCUAUUUGCCUUUGUUGUGUUUUUCAGUGUUGGACCUAAAUAGAAGUCUCGUCAGUCCUCAGCAGAUGUGAAUGUAACGUUAGCUCAUUCAGCCCAACGCUGCAAGCUGUGACGUAAUGUAGACGUAACAAUUAAACGCUUUGUGUUAGAA